AUGCGGUCCAAGCACCAGAUAUUCAUCACCGUACCUAUCUCGAGCCGUGUACCGCCAGAAAUAGUGCUCGCUCACAUACAGAGAUACACCCCUAUGCUGGAGCACAACACAGUGAUCACCGGCUUCAACGAGAUAUCCCCUGAUGUUGCGCUAGUCCACAGUGAUCCCUUCUUCGGGACGCCGAAUACCAGCAUCCGCACGUUCACCUCGAAAGAGCGCAUUGUCAUGGCGCCUGGUUUGAUACGGGGUCGCGACUGGCCUGUCACGUGCUUGAGUAUCCCCAACGGUAUUCGAUGUCGUGCAAACGCGAGUGCCGGGGUCACGGUUUGGACGGAAUGGGUGGUACGGCUGCGGCAGGAUCUGGGGACGCCAAGCAGCACGGGGACACUGGCCGAAGAAUGGGAACUGUAUGAGGAGGUUACAAUAGAGGCGAACAGCCUUAUUAUGCCAUUUGUGGCGCGUACUGUGGACAAUGUUCAUCGUGAAAUAUGUCAGAAGGUGGUGGAUGAGGUUGUUCAUAAACAUCUGACGAAAGAAAAGACCUGA